CAGGCACCUUGAGGGCUGAAGGGCGCGCGUCGCGGGCCUGCAACCUCCGGCUAGUUCCGAAGUUGGACUUCCCGGCCCUGAAGGGGGCCAGGAAGGUGGGGAGGUGGCGCCAGCGGGGACGGCCGGGCCUGGAGGGGCGGGGCCCUGGCUCAGCUCCCAGUUCCCGAGGCUCGGCUGAGAAGCCGGGCGGCAGCAGGACUGCUUCUCCCGAGCCGCCGAGCUGGAGCUGGAGCUGGAACUCCGCGGGGCCGGGGCCCCGGGUGCCGGGCAGCGGCUCCUCCAGGCCGAGGCCGCGGCGGAGAAUGAGGCGGUGGCGGGUUCCCGGCGGAGCCGCCGGGCGGGAAGCAUGCUGCGCUGGUUCAUCACCGUGAUCCUGUGUGCCGCCUUCCUGGGUCUGGGAAUGAGUGUUGCUAUACUGGGACCCACAUUUCAAGAUCUGGCAACAAACGUGAACCGCAAUAUUAGCAGUCUUUCUCUGAUUUUUGUGGGCCGUGCCUUUGGAUAUUUGAGUGGCUCUGUGAUUGGCGGAGUUCUUCUUGACGCCAUGAAUCAUUUUCUACUCUUGGGGCUGUCAAUGUUGGCCACCACAGUUGGUCUCUAUCUUGUUCCAUUCUGUAAGACAGCGGGAUUACUGAUUGUCAUGAUGUCCAUCUUUGGUGUUUCAAUUGGCAUUCUGGAUACAGGUGGUAACGUCCUAAUCUUGGCUAUAUGGGGGGACAGAGGAGCCCCACAUAUGCAGGCCUUACACUUCAGUUUUGCCUUGGGUGCCUUCUUGGCUCCACUACUGGCUAAACUGGCAUUGGGCACGAUGGGGUCUGCUGACAACCACACAGAAGCUGACUCUCACAGUUCUCUCAACCAGUCGUCUGAAGCUGACUCAGAAUCUCUACUUGGAGUACCUGACAAUCUGAAUUUACUGUGGGCUUACGCUGUUAUCGGUACCUACAUUUUUGUAGUUUCUGUCUUUUUUUUGGCUCUGUUUUUGAAGAAAAGCUCAAGGCAGGAAAAAACCAAAGCAUCAGCUCAGAGGUCUCGAAGAGCGAAAUAUCACAACGCCCUUCUGUGUCUGCUUUUUCUGUUCUUCUUUUUUUAUGUGGGGGCCGAGGUAACCUAUGGCUCUUACGUUUUCUCGUUCGCGACCACCCACGCCGGCAUGAAGGAGAGUGAAGCAGCUGGGUUGAACUCCAUCUUCUGGGGGACCUUUGCGGCCUGCAGGGGCCUGGCAAUCUUCUUUGCUACGUGUUUACAACCUGGAACCAUGAUUGUGUUAAGCAACAUCGGCAGCCUGGGGUCAUCUUUACUGCUGGUGCUUUUCGACAAGAGCCCAGUUUGUCUCUGGAUAGCAACGUCAGUGUAUGGGGCCUCGAUGGCAACCACGUUUCCCAGCGGUGUUUCUUGGAUUGAGCAAUACACCACUAUCCAUGGGAAAUCCGCAGCUUUUUUUGUAGUUGGUGCUGCCCUGGGAGAAAUGGCUAUUCCUGCGGUAAUUGGAAUUCUUCAGGGAGAAUACCCUGAUUUGCCUGUAGUUUUGUAUACCUCUUUGGGGGCAUCGAUAGCCACUGCUGUUUUAUUUCCUGUGCUCUAUAAACUCGCCACCUCACCUCUCGAUCAACGGAAAGAACACAGAAAAAGCGAGGACCAGAAAGCUUUGCUUUCUAGUUCUGAGCUAAAUGACUACGAGGAAGACAAUGAAGAAGAAGAUGCGGAAAAAUGGAACGAAAUGGAUUUUGAAGUGAUUGAAAUGAAUGAUACAAUGAGGAAUUCCGUAAUAGAGACAUCUAGAAAUAUUCUGACGGAGCCCUUAGCUGAAGUCUCCAGUCACUCCCACUCCAGUGCGGUGGUGUUGGAGUCCUCUCCAGUUAAUACUGGCAAGUCCCCUGUGAAUCACUUGCAAGAAACCAGGCUAAAAGGGACUAACACCUAGAGAAGAUGGAUUAUUUACUGACCUCC